AUGUGUGGCAGCUACUACGGAGGCUCUGGCUACGGAGGCUGCGGUUACGGAGGCUGCGGCUACGGAGGCUGCGGCUACGGAAGCUGCGGUUACGGAGGCCGUGGUUACGGAAGCCGCGGUUACGGAGGCCGCGGCUACGGAGGCUGCGGCUACGGAAGCUGCGGUUACGGAGGCCGCGGUUACGGAAGCUGCGGUUACGGAGGCCGCGGCUACGGAGGCUGCGGCUACGGAGGCCGCGGUUACGGAAGCCGCGGUUACGGAGGCCGCGGCUACGGAGGCCGCGGCUACGGAGGCCGCGGUUACGGAGGCCGCGGUUACGGAGGCUGCGGCUACGGAGGCCAGGGCUGUGGCUAUGGCUCCAGCUAUGGCUGUGGCUUCCGCAAACUGAGCUGUGGCUCCGGCUAUGGCUCCCGCUCUCUCUGUGGCUAUGGAUGUGGAUCUGGCUGUGGCUCUGGCUUUGGCUGCUACUAA